AGGAGAUAGCGAAGAGGAAGAGGAAGAAAGUACGCGCCGACGCCGAUUCGGUCUGAACAACGUCAGACUUCUUGCAGCAGUUUCUUAGAAGGAGUUCUAGAGAAUUGACGAUCGGGGAGAGUUGGAUUAUUAUAUUUGUUCCAUCAGAUCCAAAAUGGAGCUUACAAAGAAACUUGGUAUUGGCGGUGGUGUACUCUUUUUUUUAGGUAUUACUUUCGGUUGGAUGGGGUUUCCUGCUCUUCUCAAAUCACAAAUUAAAUCAGCUAUAGCCCUAAAAAAGAACUCCGAAAUGAGAGAAAUGUGGUCGAAGUUUCCAUUACCUCUCGAUUUUAAAAUCUAUCUUUUCAAUGUAACGAAUCCAAAGGAAAUUGCACAAGGAGAAAAGCCUAUUGUUAAAGAAGUAGGACCAUUUUUUUACGAUGAAUACAAAGAAAAAGUUAAUCUUGUGGAUAGAGAAGAAGAUGAUUCGGUCGAGUACAGUCUAAAAGCGACUUGGUACUUCAAUCCGUCGAAGAGUAAUGGUCUGACGGGCGAGGAGGAACUCGUGCUUCCGCAUCUUUUAAUUUUGGCAAUGGUGGUGACCACUUUGAGAGAAAAACCAACCGCUAUUGGAAUUCUUAACAAAGCGGUGGAUAGCAUCUUCAAAAAACCCGAUUCGAUAUUUGUAAAGGUGAAAGCAAGAGAAAUACUUUUCGAUGGUUUACCUGUGGACUGUACGGUGAAAGAUUUCGCGGGUUCAGCUGUGUGUAGUAUUUUGAAAUCGGAAGGCAAAGAUUUAAUGAACGAUGGGGAUGACCAUUAUAGAUUUGCAAUAUUUGGCGCUAAAAAUGGAACAGUCUUGCCUGAAAGAUUGCGCGUAUUACGUGGUAUUAAAAAUUUUAAAGACGUUGGACGUGUAUUAGAAUGGGAUAGCAAACCAGCGUUGACAAUAUGGGGUGAAGAUCAUUGCAAUCAAUUCAAUGGCACCGAUUCUACCAUUUUUCCACCUCUUUUAACAAAGGAAGAUGAUAUUGUAUCGUUUUCUCCGGAUAUAUGUCGCAGUUUGGGAGCUCGUUACUCGCAUGAAACUAAAGUCAAAGGGGUAAAUACUUAUCAUUAUACCGCGGAUUUUGGAGACAUGAGCACAAAUCCUCGCGAGAAAUGCUUUUGUCCUACACCAGAGACGUGCCUAUCGAAGAACCUGUUCGAUUUGACAAAGUGCGUAGGAGCACCCUUGAUCGCUUCUUUACCGCAUUUUUAUUUGUCCGAUGAAAAAUAUAUUCAGGAAGUGGGCGGACUACAUCCAUUACAGGAGCUACACGACAUUAGUAUGGAUUUUGAACCAAUGACGGCUACACCCUUAAGUGCUCAUAAAAGACUCCAAUUCAAUAUACAGCUGCAACCUAUUGCAAAAUUCAAAUUAAUGAAGAACUUUCCUGAAGUUUUGUUUCCUUUGUUUUGGGUUGAAGAAGGUAUUCUCCUUGAUGAUGAAUUUGUGAAAAAAGUAAAAGUUGUUUUUAAAGCAAUCUCUAUUGUGGGAUUCGUUAAAUGGUUAAUGGUUCUUGGUGGAAUGGGUUUGGGUGGAACAGCGGCCGGGUUGCAUUUUAAACAUAAACAAUCGGAAAACAAACUAGAUAUAAGCAAGAUAACGCCUCAAAGUGACAGCAGGAAGGAUAGUAGUAACGAGAAAAAAUGGCAAACAAUGAAUAUUAGCACCAUACAGGCGGCAGCUGUUCCACCGAAUUUGGACCGAUAUUAAAAUUAA